GUGGCUGGUGGCACCUGGUGGCCUUGGUGAUCCCGAUGGCCCUGGUGUCCCCGGUGGCUCUGGUGGCCUCAGUGGCCCUGGUGGCCUUGGUGUCCCCGAUGUCCCCAGUGGCCCUGAUGGCCUCGAUGGCCCUGGUGUCCCCGGUGAACCUGAUGGCCCUGGUGUCCCCAGUGGCUCCGGUGGCCCUGAUGGCCUCAGUGGCCCUCGUGACCUCAGUGUCCGUGGUGGCCUCAGUGGCCCUGGUGACCCUGGUGGCCCUGAUGUCCCCGGUGGCCUUGGUAGCCCUGGAGACCCCGAUGUCCCCAAUGUCCCUGGUGACUCCGAUGUCCAUGGUGGCCCUGGUGGCCCUGAUGUCCCCGGUGGCCUUGGUAGCCCUGGAGACCCCAUUGUCCCCAAUGUCCCUGGUGACCCCAAUGUCCCUGGUGGCCCUGGUGACCCCGAUGUCCCCGGUGGCCUUGGUAGCCCUGGAGACCCCGAUGUCCCCAGAGUCCCUGGAGACCCCGUUGAGAAGCGCAAGCGCACGCGGGAGACCUUCAAGUCCUUCGUGCAGAAAACGCCCUUCGCAGGUGGGCAAAACGGGGCGAAACCCCCCGACUUCCACUGCAUCGAGGAGAAGCGCAAGCGCACGCGGGAGACCUUCAAGUCCUUCGUGCAGAAAACGCCCUUCGCAG